CGCCAUGCUGACCACCCUCACCGACGGCUUCCUCUGCUGCCUGCUGGGCAAGACCCCCAACGCCGUGGGGCCGCUGGACAGCGUCGAGUCCCGCGACGGCUUCACCUUCCUGGAGGUCAAACCGGGGCGCAUCCUGCGGAUCCGCCACAGCGCUCCCGAGCGCGCCGAACCGGCCGAACCGGCGGAACCGGCGCGGGACCGGCGCGGCGCCGUGCGCUGCCGCCGCCGCAUCACGCUCUACCGCAACGGGCAGCUGCUGAUCGAGAACCUGGGCGAGGCCGAGGGGCACGGCAACCCCGAGCCUGAUGCCAACGCCGAGCUGGAGGCGCCGGAUCCGCCCGGGAUUCCCUCGGGAAUGGGAAUCCCGUCCAGGGACGGCGCCAAGCGCCGCAAGCGCAAACCCAAGAAGGUGGUGACGGUGGAUUGCCAGAAACGCAUCACCAGCUGCAAGGGCACGCACGGGGACGUGGUGCUCUUCUUCAUCCACGGCGUGGGCGGCUCCCUGGACAUCUGGAAGGAGCAGCUGGAGUUCUUCGCCAGGCUCGGGUACGAGGUGGUGGCGCCGGACCUGGCCGGGCACGGCUGCAGCUCGGCGCCGCCCGUGGCCGCCGCCUACACCUUCUACGCGCUGGCCGAGGACAUGAGGGCCGUGUUCAAGAGAUACGCCAAGAAGAGGAACAUCCUGGUGGGGCAUUCCUACGGGGUGUCCUUCUGCACCUUCCUGGCGCACGAGUACCCGGAGCUGGUGCACAAGGUGAUCAUGAUCAACGGCGGCGGCCCCACGGCGCUGGAGCCCAGCCUGUGCUCCAUCUUCAACCUGCCCCCCUGCGUGCUGCACUGCCUGUCCCCCUGCCUGGCCUGGAGCUUCCUCAAGGCCGGCUUUGCCCGCCAAGGUGCCAAAGAGAAGCAGCUGCUGAAGGAGGGCAACGCCUUCAACGUCUCGUCCUUCGUGCUGCGGGCCACCAUGAGCGGCCAGUACUGGCCCGAGGGCGACGAGCUGUACCACGCCGAGCUGGCCGUGCCCGUGCUGCUGGUCCACGGCAUGCACGACAAGUUUGUGCCCGUGGAGGAGGACCAGAGGAUGGCAGAGAUCCUGCUGAUCGCCUUCCUGAAGGUGAUCGACGAGGGCAGCCACAUGGUGAUGCUCGAGUGUCCCGACACGGUGAACACGCUGCUGCACGAGUUCGUCCUCUGGGAGCCCGACACGCCCGACGGCGACAGCGACGGCGACACCAAAUGAGGGCCAGCGCCGGGCCGGGACGCCGGGCCAGGAGCCGGGACACCGGGACACCGGGACACCGGGACACCGGGAC